AUGGUUGUUGUGGCCGGGCAGGUCGAGGGUGAACGUCUGGUCGUUCUGCGUUUGACAGACAGAAGAAAUCCGUUCUCCUAUGAGCCAUGGAGAGGCAAGCGCACUUUCGAGUCUAUGUUUGAAAUAUUAGAGGCCGAUAUUGUUGUCUUUCAAGAAACGAAAAUCCAACUAAAAGAUCUUCGAGAUGACAUGGUCUUGGUACCUGGAUGGGAUUGCUACUUCAGUUUACCCAGAAUUAAAAAGGGCUACUCUGGUGUGGUAAUAUACACCCGUAACGCAACAUGUGCUCCAAUCCGCGCCGAAGAGGGCCUUACUGGUGUACUCUGUCCACCGAACUCGUCGGUCUCGUUCCGGGAUCUUCCUCGUGACCAACAAAUCGGCGGUUAUCCAACCAUGGAUCAAUUAUUAAAGUUCGAUCUAGAUGCAGCUACCCUCGACUCCGAGGGCCGUUGUGUCAUCUUAGAAUUUCCAGCAUUCGUUUUGUUCGGACUGUAUUGCCCUGCUAAUCGGGACGAAAGCCGCGACAACUUUCGCCAGAGCUUUCUCGAUCUAAUGGAUGCUCGAGUCCGGAAUCUUGUUGCCAUGGGGAAAAGGGUUUUUGUCACUGGUGAUAUCAAUAUCUCAAGAGGGGAAAUUGAUGCAGCACAUGCGUCAGAGAACAUUCGGAAAGGCACUAUGACGGAGGAUGAGUUUAUCUCCGCACCAGCUCGACGUUUAUUCAAUCAACUGCUGUCUGAUGGGGAGGUCGUUGGGGAGCGGGAUGUAGGGAGGGAGCGACCUGUUUUAUACGACAUCUGCAGGUCUUUCAAUCCGAAUCGCAGGGGUAUGUAUACUUGUUGGGAGCAGAAGAUCAAUGCUCGGCCUGGCAACUAUGGUUCGAGAAUAGAUUAUGUCUUGUGCAGCCUGGACAUGCAAGAUUGGUUUAGCGAUUCAAACAUACAAGAGGGGCUUAUGGGAUCAGACCACUGCCCGGUAUAUGCCGUCUUCAAAGACUUCGUGUCUGUAAAUGGGCAGCAGACAAAUAUACUCGAUAUCAUGAACCCACCUAGUAUAUUUGAAAAGGGCAAACGGCAAGAAGAGUACUCGACAAAACUUCUUCUGCCCACAUCGGGGCGUUUGAUACCGGAUUUUGAUAAGCGAAGAAGUAUUAAGGAUAUGUUUUCGCAAAAGCCAACCAAUUUCCCUCAGAAGUCGUCCCCAGUCUCUGGAUUUGGACCUUCUAAAUCAUUCCAGGACAGAAAGGGAAUUGGUCAGGAGGGCAACCGCAGCCCACCGAUCCCUAUCUCUGACAGCAGCUUUUCAGCUAAAGGCACCAUUCGUAAACGUUCUGAAAGAAGUGGCCCUUUACCUUCGAUCAAGCGUUCGAAAUCCUUAGCCUCUCAAACAUCAACAACUUCUUUAGCUUCACAAAAAAACAUCAAAAGGUUCUUCAAGCCAAAAGGUACCGAUACUAACCAAACCAACGCAACAGGCAUUCAUGGGGUGCCUGUGCAGGCCAUAGGAUGUUCAUCCGAAUCCCUUUCCCCACCUUCGAUCACAACACCCCCCGAGAAGCAGGAAGGCCUACGAAGUGUACGCAAUGUAUCAACCGCCUCCACAAACAACAUCAAUUUAUCCGGGCCAGCGGCAUCACCUGCAAAUCAAGAUAGCGAAAGCGUUAUCGAUCCAAUUGUUAGUAAAGAAGAUUGGUCGAAGCUUUUUACAAAGAAACCCGCGCCAAAAUGUGAAGGGCACCAAGAGCCAUGUAUCACUUUAUCAACGAAAAAGCCCGGAAUCAACUGUGGUCGGUCCUUUUGGAUUUGCUCACGACCCUUGGGGCCCAGUGGGAACAAGGAAAGGGGAACGCAAUGGCGUUGCUCAACAUUCAUCUGGGCUAGUGAUUGGAAUCCCUAA